GAAAAAAAAAUGUUUAUUUUUUUUCUUAAAAUAGAUCAGCAUGGUUUAGGCCUUGUGUUGAGCUUAACUGUUUCUUUUUAGCAAAACUCUUCAAGUAAACAGUCAUUUUUUAAGUUUUGUAGGUCAUAUAAGAUUAUAAUUCAAUGUAAAGUCCUUUCUCAUAAUUUUUCAUGCUAUUUAAAAAAUAUAUAUUUAUGUACAAAAAAAAAAAAAGAAACUACCAAACUUCUAAUUUUUUAGCUUUUAAUUCAUUUUCAUUUUUCUGGGUUUUGAUUUUGAAGAGUUUCCUUCUUCUUCCUUUCUGAUGAGGGAUUGGAAAUUACAGUAUGAAAAAUGAGUUUUCAUAAAUAGUUGGAGGAAAUAUUUGUUGGGUGUUUUUUUUUUCCGUCUCUAUUUUUGUCUUUUUUUUUUGUUUUUUCUUUCUUUCUUUUUAAGUAAUGGAGGGAAGGGAUGGUGGUGGUGCAAGUAGUGGGGUUACUGUGGUGGGAUCAGAUGCUCCGUCGGAGUACAAAAUAGCUCCGAGGACCUCAGAUAACCCACCGCAGACUGGUGGAUCAACGCCGCCGCCGGCGACUCAAUCAACUUCGACGCCGUCGGCUUCAGCUCAAGUAUCUGCGCAGCCUCCGCCGCCUACGGCGGCCUCCUCAGUACCGGGAAAGAAGAAAAGAGGGAGACCCAGAAAGUAUGGACCCGAUGGCUCUGUUUCUAUGGCUCUGUCUCCCAAGCCGAUAUCGUCAUCAGUGCCGCCGCCGGUGAUCGACUUCUCGACGGAGAAGAAGGGGAAAGUACGGCCGGCGACCGCUGUGAGUAAAAGCAAGUUCGAAGUGGAUAAUUUAGGUGACUGGGUUCCAUGUUCUGUUGGUGCAAAUUUUACGCCUCAUAUCAUCACUGUCAAUGCGGGCGAGGAUGUCACGAUGAAGAUCAUAUCCUUUUCUCAACAAGGGCCUCGAGCUAUUUGCAUUUUGUCUGCGAACGGUGUGAUCUCAAGUGUCACUCUCCGUCAGCCUGAUUCCUCUGGAGGAACACUAACUUAUGAGGGACGCUUUGAAAUACUUUCCUUGUCUGGCUCAUUCAUGCCUAGUGACAAUGGAGGAACUAGAAGUAGAUCUGGUGGAAUGAGUGUUUCCUUAGCAAGUCCAGACGGGCGUGUCGUAGGUGGUGGAGUAGCUGGUCUAUUAGUAGCAGCAAGUCCUGUUCAGGUUGUAGUAGGGAGUUUUCUAUCUGGAAAUCAACACGAGCAGAAACCGAAAAAGCCAAAACAUGAUACUAUUUCACCGGCCCCGCCAACUGCUGCUAUUCCAAUAUCUUGCGUUGAUCCUAAGUCCAACCUCUCGCCUUCCAGUUCCUUUCGUGGCGAUAACUGGUCAAUGCUGCCAACUGAUUCAAGGAAUAAGUCAACUGAUAUCAAUGUAUCCCUACCCAGUGCUUGAUUUUUGAGCUGCAUAGCUUAUUGUGGAAAUCUCCCCUCUCCCAUUUGCCAUCAUCAAACUUACUAGUUGGUGGAUAUUUCACAUUUUGUUUCAUGAUCUCUGUAACUUACCAUUGUACUUCGUCCAAUGUAGAAUUUUAAGCCCCCCCCACUGCUCCUGUUGAUCCCUCUCAGUUAGCUUUUCACUUGUUAGAGUAGCUAUAGGCUCCCCGAUGCUACCGCGUCGAGUCGAGUAGAAUAUUUUGAUGUAAUGUGAACAACUUUCACUUUUGUUUCAUAUCAAUGGAUUGUGAUUUUAUGUUUC